AUGUCAGACAUAUCAGCUUUGCUAUUGCUGAAAAACCGAAGAAAUGUCCACGACAAGCUGCAGUUUCCCAUAAAUCCAGGAGCGGAUCUUAAGAAAUUCAGUGCCACAGUAGCUGCCAUUUCCCAAGACACAUCGCGCUGUAUUAAUGAAGUCACCGAAUAUGUGCUAAGGAUCAAAGAGGAGGUUGCAUCACUUAGGCUGGUUUUGGAGCAAUUUAAUGUUCAACUUGGGACAAAAAUAAAAGAUGCCUUUGACAGUGUCCUGACUAUAGGUAUUCAGGAUAGCAAUGGGCUAGGACUGCGAUACCAGCUGAAAGAAAAAAACUUGGAUCUUAAAAGAGCAAAACAUGUGGCAGAACUGCAAAGGUGUGCAAAAAAGCAACAAGAUUUGAUGGAAUCCAUCAAUAAAAUAGAUGGACUUAUUAUCAGAGUAGAAGAGGAGGGUAUAUUUUCAUUGGAUGAUAUCGAUAAUACAAAUGAUUCCAUAAUAAGAUGGAAGAUAUAUAUUGAAAAACAACAACAAAUGAGAUUAGCCGAGGAGGAAAAGAGGAGAAGAGAGAAAGAGGAAAAGGAAAGGAAGGAAAAGGAGAGAAAAAGGAAAGAAGAUAAAGAGAAAAUUAGGCUAAAAGAAAUAGAACGUCAAAGACUGGAAGAGGAACAGAGGAGACAGGAAGAAAUGCUUAAGCAAAAGCAGGAGGAAGAAAGAAGAAGGAAGGAAGAAGAGGAAAAACAAAGAAUUGAAGAAGAGAAGAAACGUUUAGAAGAGGAAAAGAAACGCCAAGAUGAAGAAAGACAAAGAAAAGAGGAGGAAGACAGAAGGCAGCGUGAAAAGGAGGAAAGAAGGCGGAUGGAAGAAGAGAGGAAACAUUUAGAAGAACAGAAAAGACAAUUGGAAGAGGAAAGAAGAAGGAUAGAAGAGGCAGAAAAAAGAAGACACGAGGAAGAGAAACGGAGAAGAGAGGAAGAAGAACGUAAAAGAAUUGAAGAAGAGCGUAGAUUACGAGAGGAAGAGGAGCAAAGAAGAAAGGAGGAAGAAGAAAGGAAAAGACAACAAGAGGAAGAGAGAAGAAGACACGAGGAGGAGGAAAGAAAGCGAAAAGAGGAAGAAACGAGGAAAAGGAAAGAGGAAGAAGAGAGGAAACGUAUUGAAGAGGAGAAAAAACGCAUCGAGGAAGAAAGGAAAAGAAUUGAAGAAGAGAGACAAAGAAUAGAGGAUGAAAGAAAACGGAGAGAGGAAGAAGAAAGAAUGAGACCGAUUAUUGAGGCUCGACGCAGAGAAGAAGCGAAAAGAAGACGGGAUCCAAAUAAUUGGCCAACAUAUGUGUAUGACCGACCGAAAGUGAACGACUCUUUUCAUAAUGGUGUAUGUUGUGCGGUAUCGGCAAUUACAGGAGAGCAGGGAUUAGACAGAGAUGAUAUCGAAUGCCGAUUUUCUGAUCGACAAGAUGAUUUGAGUCGUGCGUUGGCAGAUAAGCAUGAGCAACCCUUAUCAUCCCUUGUUUCUAUAAGAUCCAAACAAGGGAUGCAAAUUGAUCUAGAGGAUUGUCAUUUUAGAAAUACAAAGAAAGUUACAGUCAAGAGAUGA